GUAGGUGGGAAAAUAAGUCCAAGGUGUUUUUAUAGACACGCAGUAGAGCGAAAAUACCUGCUUUAGAUUUUAGGCGUAAAAACACCGAAUAAUUCGCACGUUGUUCUUCAGUCGGACUCAAACUUCCAGAGCAGAGUUUCUGUGACUAUGUCUUUGUGAGUGUGUGUGUGUGUGUGUGUGUGUGUGUGUGUGUGUGUAUACACGUGAUGGCUGAGGCCCACCAGGCAGUUGCGUUCCAGUUCACGAUUACACCUGAGGGCUUCGACCUGCAGCUCUCUCGACAGGCCCUUAAUCAGAUCUACACCUCCGGCCUGCGCUCAUGGAAGAAACGCAUCAGCAGAGUGAAGAAUCUUGUGCUGAAGGGCGUGUACCCUGCAAGCCCCUCCUCCUGGCUCUUUGUUACCGUGGUGACCCUAGCCACCCUGUAUGGCAAGUCUGACCUGUCCAUGGGCUUCAUCUCUAAGAUCCAGGAUCACCUGUCACACAGUGUGUCUCUGAGAUCUCAGGAACAGACCAUGUUAUCUGCGUUGGUAUUCAGCACUCUGUUAUGGCUUUCUCUCGUCCUCAUGCUGCGUUUCUGUCUGAAGCUCCUCCUGUCCUACCACCGCUGGAUGUUUGAGCAGCACGGCCACAUCUCCACUACCACCAAGCUCUGGGUGACUCUGGUGAAGUUGCUCUCCAGUAGGAAGCCGUUGUUGUACAGUUAUCAGAGUUCGUUGCCACACCAGCCUGUUCCUCCCAUCAGAGACACGCUGCACAGAUAUCUGGAGUCCGUGCUUCCUCUGAUGGACUCUGCUGAAUUUGAUCACAUGACUCAGCUGGCUGCUGAUUUUGAGAAGAAUUUGGGAAAGCGUCUUCAGAUGUACCUGAAACUCAAAGCUCUGUGGGCCACUAAUUACGUUAGUGACUGGUGGGAGGAGUAUGUUUACCUGCGAGGGCGGAACCCCAUCAUGGUCAACAGUAACUACUAUGGAAUGGACUUCCUGUAUGUAACACCAACAACUAAGCAAGCAGCUCGAGCAGGAAACACUAUCACGGCCCUGUUAUUGUACCGUCGUAAAAUCAACCGAGAAGAACUUAAACCUAGUCGUGUUCCCGGGACAGUUGUUCCUCUGUGUGCAGCUCAGUGUGAACGCAUGUUUAACAGCACACGCACUCCAGGAGAGGAGACAGACACUCUUAAGCACUGGGAAGACAGUGAGUUUGUGGCUGUACACCAUAGGGGGCGCUAUUUCAGACUAUGGGUUUACUCGCAUGGUCGUCUCCUCUCUCCCAGAGAAAUACAACACCAGAUCCAGAAAAUCCUGGAUGAUCCGUCCGUUCCGAGUCCCGGAGAGGAGAGACUGGGAGCACUGACUGCUGGAAACAGGGUGCCCUGGGCCCGUGUGAGGAAGCAGUACUUCAGCUCAGGGGUAAAUAAACGUUCUCUGGAUUGCAUUGAGAAAGCAGCGUUUUUCGUAACUCUUGAUGAUGAAGAGGAAGGGAUGAAGGGCGACGACCCGUCUGGAAACCUGGACCGCUACGCUAAAUCUCUUCUGCAUGGCAAAUGUUACGACCGGUGGUUUGAUAAAUCCUUCUCUGUGGUGAUUUUUAAAAACGGGAAGACGGGUCUGAAUGCUGAACACUCCUGGGCCGACGCACCGACUGUGGCUCAUUUAUGGGAGUUCACUUUGGCCACAGAUGCUUUUCAGUUAGGUUAUGAUACGAAUGGAAACUGUCGAGGUGAAGUUCAGCGCUGUCUCCCUCCUCCUCAACGCCUCAGUUGGGACAUAUCACCAGAGGUGCAGGAGCAGAUUAACGAGUCCCUGACGGUGGCUCGAGCUUUAGCAGAUGAUGUCGACUGUCAUGUGUUUCCCUUCAGUGUGUUUGGAAAAGGAAGCAUUAAAAAGCUGAAAAUCAGCCCAGAUGCUUUCAUCCAGAUAUCUUUGCAGCUUGCAUAUUACAGGGACCAUGGAGGUUUCUGCCUGACAUAUGAAGCUUCAAUGACUCGUUUAUUUAGAGAAGGCCGCACUGAGACAGUUCGCUCAUGUUCUAAAGACAGCUGUGCAUUUGUACUGGCACUGGAGGCUAAAGAGGAGAGGGAGCACUGCAUCGCUCUGCUGCGUAAAGCUGCUGAGAAACACCAGAACCUCUAUAAAUUGGCCAUGACAGGUUCUGGUGUUGACAGACAUCUCUUCUGCCUCUAUGUGGUCUCCAAAUACCUUGGAGUGGAGUCUCCGUUUCUCAGUCAGGUGUUGUCUGAACCAUGGCGUCUCUCCACAUCUCAGACUCCUGUGCAGCAGAUGGAGCUUUUUGACCUGAUUAAUCACCCAGAAUUCAUCUCGCUGGGUGGAGGUUUCGGUCCAGUGGCUGAUGAUGGUUAUGGUGUGUCCUACAUUAUUGUUGGUGAGAACAUGAUCAACUUCCACGUGUCAAGUAAAAACUCCUGUAAACACACAAACUCGCACAGGUUUGGUACUCAGAUCAGCCAAGCUUUAAAGGAUCUGAUGUCUCUGUUCAGCUCUGAUUUGGAGAAACCAGUGGAGAAUAAACAGCCAUAAAAGUGUGUGUGUGUGUGUGUGUGUGUGUGUGUGUGUGUGUGUGUGUGUGUGUGUGUGUGUGUGUGUGUGUGUGUGUGUGAGACAUGACAUAUAUUUUUUUCUGUUGUUUGUGACAUUCUGUAACAGUUUUCUCUUUAUAUUUGUGUAAUUCUGUUGCUCACUUCGUUCUAUUUUACUGAAAAGGUUACUGUGUGUUUUUAAGUCACUGAAUCAGACUGUUAAUGAUGAGUUGAUGAUGAUGAUAAUGAUGAGUUCAUGAUGAGAUAAUGAUGAGUUCAUGAUGAGUUGAUGAUGAAGCUGGUGUUGGAAUUUUUCUGUUUUUUAAUGCUUGAGUUCACACCGUGACAACACGAUGACGACAGCAUGACAACAGUCAUGUGAUAACUUUACUGCUUUAAAAUGCAAUUGCAAUGCAAAAUAUUUUAGUGCUACAUUCACAACUUCAGUACUGAUGCAGAAGUAAUACAAUCCAGUAAUAGUAUUCCUGGUGUUUAUUAUUCAUAUAGUUUAUGUAAGUGUUUGGUGUACAUUUAAUUCCUAAACUGUUGUACAAAUAAAAUUGCUGAAUCUUU